AACAACCAACAGGCUGUCCACUGACUCCUUGGUAGCUGCCACUGCCGCUGACCAUCGCCCGAGUAACCUUUGAAAGUUGUGUUCGAAAAGCUAUGCAUGGUUGAAGUAUAAGGUACUGAGGGACAAUUUGGAAGGCCGCAAGUCACCUCUUCAGCUUUGGCAAUCUGUGACCAGGAGAAGCGUUGUUUCCCGCCCUGGUUGGGUGACUCGCGAGCCCGAUAAUAGGCGUCGGUGGAGAGAAAUUGCGGGGUGUGGCUACGGCUUCCGAGGUACACUUGCUGUUUGUUGAUAACGCCGUAGUGCUUGCUGAGCUUGCAACAAGAUUGUAUAUCACAGCUCUGCUUAAUAUCAUGUCUGAGUCAAGCAGGACAAGUGCUGGCCAGCUCCACAUCCUCUUCGUUCGACAUGGCGAAACCCAGGACAACAUUGACCGCAUCCUUCAGGGACAUCGAGAUACCAGCCUGACAGACAAAGGACUGGGAGAAGCACAGGUCCUAGCCGAAAAGCUGCGAACCCAACAAAUCGACGCUAUCUACUAUUCACCUCUGAUCAGGAUUGUUCAGACUAUCGAGCCGAUUGUGUCGGAUCGACCACAAGUAAAGAAAUAUCCAGACGCAGCUCUCAAGGGACAAGCACUCGGCUCACUUGAGGGAGGCUCGUACGACCUGGUGGACAUGAGAAACCCUAGGGACGCCGAUGGACAGCCUGGAGUAGAGCUCUUUGAAGAUUUUGUGAGGCGAUUGAAGAGAGUCUUUGCACAGAUUAUUGGUAUAGAAGCUCCCCAGGUCGGGCAACAAGACCGUACAGUCGUGAUCGCGACGCAUGGUGUGGGCAUCACGUCGCUGUUCAAGUGCCUUGAGUCCAGUCCUUCAUGUGACGGUUUCAAUCCCAGACUUGCGACUCGAGGACCGCAUGCAUUUGAGGUGCGGUGGACUGACAGUGACGAUGUGGCUCGACUGGUCGUGACAGAUCCUACCAAACUCCCCAUCAAUGGUGGUCAAUUAGAUUACUCAUCGGUUUCUGGUCAGCCGUUCGUCAUUAAGCGCUGGGGCAAGAGAGAAAAAGCAAUAUAAACAUUCGUCUUCCUACGGAACGACCAUUCGACAGAUCCACAAAGUACCC